AUGAGUGAGAAGUCUGAAGGACCGAAAGAGGAGAAAGUGGAGAAGACGUCGGCCGCUGCCGCGCGACCCCGGCUCCAGGCCUCCAGCCCUGGAGACCCUCGCUGGGCCGGCCGCCUCGCCGUGGUCACCGGAGCAAACUCUGGAAUAGGGGUGGCCAUCGCGCGGCAGCUGCUCCAGCUCGGCAUGGUGGUGGUCGCCAUAGACGACAGGGUGUUUCCUCUGCAGGAACUGGCGCUGAAGGAGCCACGCCUGUACUCCGUCGUGUGUGACGUCAGCGCAGAGGAGGACGUGCUGUCCACGUUCCGCUACGUCGAGGAGACUCUGGGCGGCGUCGACGUCCUCGUCUACAACGCCGGCGUCACCGGCUUCUCCAGUCUCCUCGACGGUUCCCCGGCCGAGUGGCGGCGCCUGCUGGACGUGAACGUGGUGGCGCUCUGCCUCUGCACCAGGGAGGCCGUGGCUUCGAUGCGCCGCCGGCACCUCGCCGACGGACAAGUGGUGCUCGUCAGCAGCCAGGCGGCCCACCAGGUGCCGGGCAGGGCGCCGCUGCACUUCUACUCGGCCACCAAGCACGCGGUCAAGGCGCUGGCGGACGGCUUCCGGCUCGAGCUCGCCGACUCCGGCAUCAGACUCACGACGGUGAGCCCUGGCGAGGUGAAGUCGACGUACCCUCGGUCUCCGCUGGCGCCCGCCAUGGAGCAGCAGCAGCAGCAGCAGGCGACGACGGAGACGACGUCGACGCCGACGGCGCCCCACGUGCCCGCCCCCGCCAUACGGCCCCACGACGUCGCGCAGGCCGUCGCCUCCGCCAUCACGGCUCCCAAGCACGUGCAGUGCAGCGACGAGUGUCCGUACUUUCAAAAGGCCACACGUGCAGCAGUGCUGCGCCUCAGACCGGCGUGCACGUGCCCGUGCGUGUGCGCGUCAGAUGACCGCCAGAUCCCGCCACGGUCGCCAGUCUAUUGA